CCGGAGUGCAGGCCGGUGGUGACCGGGCCGGGGACGGCGCAGUCCCCAUCCCCGCCCCGGGCAGCGCCGCCACUUCCUCGCCAGCCCCGCCGCAGCCCUCCCGCUCCCAGGCCGCGCCGCUCUGACCGACUGGGCCCGGGUGGCGGCGCCCGGGGUGGGGUGCGGGGCGGGGGCCGGCGUUCCCCGCGAGCAGCCCCGCCCCCGCCCGCGCGCCGCCCCCGAGGACUCCGCGGGGAGGAGGAGACUCGGGCGCAGAGCGGGGGCCGCGAGAAGCGGGAAGGGAGCGCUGGGAGCGGCGGGGCCGGGGCCGGCCCAAGGGCGCCCUCGCCUCGGAGCCGGGCGCGAGGGCCGGGGCGGAGGCGGAGGCCGGCGGGGCAGCGAGCGCAGUGAAGUUUGGCGGCGGAGGGGCCGGGCGUCCCGGGGUCGCGAGGAGGCGGCGGCGGCGCGGGGACCGGGGCCAUGGGGGCGGGCGCGGGCUGCGGGGCGGGCGCGGAGGCGGCGCGGCGCGCACUGAGCCCCUGGAGCGGCGCGGCCGCCGCGGCGCAAAGUUAGCCCGGCGCCCCGGGACGAGCCCCGCAGCCGCCGCCGCCGCCCCCGGACCCCGUCUCGGCCAUGGGCGAGCACCCUAGCCCGGGCCCCGCGGUGGCCGCCUGCGCCGAGGCGGAGCGCAUCGAGGAGCUGGAACCCGAGGCCGAGGAGCGGCUGCCCGCGGCGCCGGAGGACCACUGGAAAGUCCUGUUUGAUCAGUUUGACCCUGGGAACACAGGCUACAUUAGCACAGGCAAGUUCCGGAGUCUUCUGGAGAGCCACAGCUCCAAGCUGGACCCGCACAAAAGGGAGGUCCUCCUGGCUCUUGCCGACAGCCACGCGGAUGGGCAGAUCGGCUACCAGGAUUUUGUCAGCCUAAUGAGCAACAAGCGUUCCAACAGCUUCCGCCAAGCCAUCCUGCAGGGCAACCGCAGGCUAAGCAGCAAGGCCCUGCUGGAGGAGAAGGGGCUGAGCCUCUCGCAGCGACUUAUCCGCCAUGUGGCCUAUGAGACCCUGCCCCGGGAAAUUGACCGCAAGUGGUACUAUGACAGCUACACCUGCUGCCCCCCACCCUGGUUCAUGAUCACAGUCACGCUGCUGGAGGUUGCCUUUUUCCUCUACAAUGGGGUGUCGCUAGGUCAAUUUGUACUGCAGGUAACUCAUCCACGUUACUUGAAGAACUCCCUGGUUUACCACCCACAGCUGCGAGCACAGGUUUGGCGCUACCUGACAUACAUCUUCAUGCAUGCAGGGAUAGAACACCUGGGACUCAAUGUGGUGCUGCAGCUGCUGGUGGGGGUGCCUCUGGAGAUGGUGCAUGGAGCCACCCGAAUUGGGCUUGUCUACGUGGCCGGUGUUGUGGCAGGGUCCUUGGCAGUGUCUGUGGCUGACAUGACCGCUCCAGUCGUGGGCUCUUCUGGAGGGGUGUAUGCUCUCGUCUCUGCCCAUCUGGCCAACAUUGUCAUGAAUUGGUCAGGCAUGAAGUGCCAGUUCAAGCUGCUGCGGAUGGCUGUGGCCCUUAUCUGUAUGAGCAUGGAGUUUGGGCGGGCCGUGUGGCUCCGCUUCCACCCGUCGGCCUAUCCCCCGUGCCCUCACCCAAGCUUUGUGGCGCACUUGGGUGGCGUGGCCGUGGGCAUCACCCUGGGCGUGGUGGUCCUGAGGAACUACGAGCAGAGGCUCCAGGACCAGUCACUGUGGUGGAUUUUUGUGGCCAUGUACACCGUCUUCGUGCUGUUCGCCGUCUUCUGGAACAUCUUUGCCUACACCCUGCUGGACUUGAAGCUGCCGCCUCCCCCCUGAGGGCUGGAGGCCCAAGGUCGGGGAGGGGAGGGAAAAGCAGCACCCACAGGGAGCACCUGCGAGGUUUCUUCUCAUCACCAGCUCAGCUAGGCCGGGCAGACAAGGACAGAAGACUCUGGGCCACUGUAAUAUUUGUGUUUAGAUUUGGACACACAGUGGAGACCCUUUUCUGAAAGGCACCUGGCGGAGGAGUUGA